CUGUGUGUCAUCCUACCAGUAGAAACUAUGGACCACUACGCAGAGCAGGGUUGUGAUGGGAUGGAGCUGCUUGACUGGCUGUUUGAUCAGAAUGAUGGAAUCCUGCGUCAAGAGGAAGCAGGACACCAUGGCAACCAGCACAUCUGGUCACUUCAGGAACCCAGUAUGCUACCGGUUGAAGAAACAGACGGUGACUUUCUUAACGCCCUGCUGAGAGGCAGCGAUUCUGUUUCGGGCUCCCCUCUCUGGUCCCCUUCCCCCAGUGACAGUGGUAUCAGCGAGGACCCACCCUCAGACCAGCUGGACAGCCCUCAGCGGCCCGAAAGUCCCCCGGAGGAACCUCAGUACUUCAGGCCCCUGUCUCAAAAUAAGAAGGCCCCAGAAUUCAACUUCUCCACUAGAUCCAAUGGCUGGGAAUCUGGCUUCCCACCCGGCAGGACAGGAGGAGCACAGUAUCCUUGUGAUGUACACAGACCCCAGCUGUCUGCUGGUUUCUCCCUUACUGUGAAGGACUUGCUUUUGUCUGGCACACCAGAGGCACCCCCGCAGCCGCCCCAACAGUCCACUCAAGAGCUGGUUCUCAAUGAGGAUGAGAAGAAGCUCUUAGCCAAGGAGGGAAUGACACUGCCGAGCCAACUGCCGCUCACCAAGUAUGAAGAAAGGAUUCUGAAGAAAAUUCGCCGAAAGAUACGCAAUAAACAGUCCGCCCAGGAGAGCCGGAAGAAGAAGAAGGAGUACAUCGAUGGGCUAGAGAGCAGGAUGGCCGCCUGCAACGCACACAACCAGGAGCUGCAGAGGAAAGUGUUCCGGCUGGAGAAAUGCAACACGUCAUUGAUCGAGCAGCUGCACAGGCUUCGGGCUUUAGUUAUGAACAGCUCUAACAAGACAGCCCAAACAGCGACCUGCGUUCUGGUGCUUCUGCUGUCCUUCUCCCUAAUCCUGUUUCCCAGCCUCAAGCCAUUCUCCGACACCGAAGUCAGUCAAGGAGACUUCAGUCCGGUUAGAAUCCAGUCACGGUCUCUGCACAGCCUUCAAGCCUCCAGGGUGCUUCCUGUCAGCGACCACUCAUUCUCCACCGAAGAUGAACCCGAGUCACUGGGUGGACAUUUUCCAGGGGACCCGCACCUGGAAGAUAUCACCUCGGCGGUGUCGAAGCUGGGAGUCAGCCGAAAGCUGUCAGGUUUGGAGCUCAUGCAUCACAAUAACAGUCAAGAAGACGAGGUUAGCCGUUUCCAUGCAGACCCCAUUACUGGUCACAUUGCCACCUUGACCUUAGACCCAAACCGCCGGGCAAGGCUGCGGCCCCACGCUGACGACAUGUGAAGGGGAGCAGGAGAGGCUCCCAAUGUGACCCCCCCCCCCCCAUCUACUCCUCCUCUUCCAUAGACAUGAGAGCAGGGAGCUAUUCUCGGGCUACUAUUUGCACAGACGGGGAACUAAGAUACCAAUCCUUCCUGUUUGGCCUCUAAUUUUGUAUCGUUAAAACAUCUGUAUGCUUUUUCCUCAGUUGUCAUUUUGUUUUUUAUUAGUGUGUGGAUUCAAUCCACACACUAAAUCCAUAUUCAUUGUAUACUGUAAAAAUUGCCUGUCAAGAUGAUGUUAAAUGUCAGUAUGUACUUAAAUGUCAGUAUGAAUAAUGUGCCUUUAGACUGCCAAAAAUUAGUUAAGCAGAACUGUGAUGAUGUGUACAAUUUUGAGCAAAACAGAUAUUUAAUAAACUGUUAAAUGAUUUUGGGCAAUGCCUGUGGAAGCUCUUAGUAACUUGGACAAUUUAGAUCCAUUCAUCAAUAAAAUGGCUUAAAAU